UAGUAGCCCGGCCUAGCCCAUUUAGCGAUUCGUCUUUCUCCAAUUUCACAGAGUUUUCGUUGGAUUUACUGAACUGAUUUACACCAAUUGAGGUCCAAACACCACCAGGAACAAGGUGUCUGUUAACGGUGAAUUUUCAGCUGCAUAAGCAAAUUUGUUUAGGAUGGCAAACCGACCUCAGAUCCGCACCAGCAACUCGGCACUCAUUGCUAUGAUUGGUGAUGAGGAUACGAUCACUGGAUUUUUAAUGGCUGGAGUUGGCAACGUGGACUUGAGGAGAAAAACAAACUACCUUAUUGUGGAUUCAAAAACUACGGUGAAACAGAUUGAAGAUGCUUUUAAAGAGUUCACUUCAAGAGAGGACAUCGCAAUAGUGUUGAUCAGCCAAUAUGUUGCAAACAUGAUAAGGUUUUUGGUUGAUGGUUAUAACAAGCCGGUACCAGCCAUCCUGGAGAUUCCUUCAAAGGACCAUCCCUACGAUCCUGCACAGGAUUCUAUUCUUUCACGAGUGAAGUACCUCUUCUCUGCCGAAUCUGUGGCAUCUGGAAGACGCUGAACUACAUGUUUUGUGUAACAAUUCUGUAUGCUUGUUACUAUAUCUAUAUGUUUUGCCAGCAAACUGAAAAUUUGUAGCAUGGAGAUCAGAGUACGUAGCUCCCCGCCUCCCCUGCUUGACAUUUUCCUCGUGGUUUAGGAUUCUCAGGCUGCAAAUUUGUGUUUCCAUCGUGUUGUAUGAUUGUGGGUUCAAACUGGGAUUGGAUAAAAUAUGUUCAUGUACAUUGGUUAAAUCGACUUGAAGUGGUAACACUUUUGAAUCAAAUCUUGAGUUUCUUGUA